GGGCACGGUUUGUUUGCUGCUCCGUGCGCUGCCACUCGUUGUUUUAGCUUGUUUCAUCACCACCUGUUCGAAGCGCGGAGCUUUUGCUUCACCCUCACCUUCCUUCUCCAGCUUCUCACCGUCCCGUACCUGCCCGAAGCGCAGAGGAUUUGCUUCACCCUCCCCUUCCCUCUCCAGCUUCUCACCAUCCCGUACCUGCUCGAAGCUCGGAGGAUUUGCUUCACCCUCACCUUCCCUCUCCGGCUUCUCACCAUCCCGUACCUGCCCGAAGCGCGGGGGUUUUGCUUCACCCUGACCUUCCCUCUCCAGCUUCUCACCAUCCCGUACCUGCCCGAAGCGCGGGGGUUUUGCUUCACCCUGACCUUCCCUCUCCGGCUUCUCACCAUCCCGCACCUGCUCGAAGCGCGGAGCUUUUGCUUCACCCUCACCUUCCCUCUCCAGCUUCUCACCGUCCCGUACCUGCCCGAAGCGCGGGGGUUUUGCUUCACCCUCACCUUCCCUCUCCAGCUUCUCACCGUCCCGUACCUGCCCGAAGCGCGGGGGUUUUGCUUCACCCUCACCUUCCCUCUCCAGCUUCUCCCGUCCCACAGCUGCCCGGCGCUCGGAGGGCGGCCGGCCCAGCGCUAACGGGGCGGGCGCAGGGGCAGCGGCAGCGCCGCCUUCGCCGCUUCCUGCGCUGCUGCCCGGCAGAGAGCGGCGGGAGGGGGAGGCGCUGCGAGCGCUGCCGCCUUCCCGGGCCGGUUCGGGGCACUGCGGUGCUUACUUUUUCUUCUCCUUCUUUCCACCCCUCUCCGUAUUGCCAGCGCUCCUUCCACGGUGCCGGCCGGGACGUUCAGGAGCUGCUAUUCAAUGGCUAGAAACCGAGCUGACAAGUGGCUGAAAUGAAUACCACUACUAUCCUGCAAGAGAUACUGAUUAAAAGAUCCCAGCAGAAGAAGAGGACUUCUCCCUUAAACUACAAAGAGAGGCUUUUUGUGCUCACCAAGUCUAUGCUAACGUAUUACGAAGGUCGGGCAGAGAAAAAAUACAGGAAGGGAUCUGUGGAUGUUUCAAGGAUUAAAUGUGUGGAAGUUGUGAAAAGUGAUGGCAUUAUUCCCUGUCAGAAUAAAUACCCAUUUCAGGUUGUCUAUGAUGCUAACACACUUUAUGUAUUUGCCCCAAGUGCCCAAAGCCGGGAUCAGUGGGUGAGGAAUCUGAAAGAAGAAAUAAAGAACAACAGCAACAUAAUGAUAAAAUAUCAUCCCAAAUUCUGGACAGAGGGAAUUUAUCAGUGCUGCAGACAGACAGAAAAACUAGCACCUGGCUGUGAAAAAUAUAAUCUCUUUGAAAACAGUGUAAUGAGGUUGCCAUCUCCAAUGCCAGAGAAAAGCAUGAGGAGGCCUCCACCACCUGUUCCUCCAGUUGAAGAAAAUGGCAAUGAAGAAGAGGAGAUAGUGGUGGCAAUGUAUGACUUUGAGCCUACAGAGCACCAUGACUUAAGACUAGAGAAGGGUGAAGAAUAUACAGUGCUUGAGAAGAAUGACAUUCACUGGUGGAAAGCCAAAGACAAAUAUGGAAGACAAGGAUAUAUUCCAAGCAACUAUGUAACAGGAAAGAAGUCCAACAACCUGGAUCAAUAUGAGUGGUACAGCAGGAACCUGAACAGAAGCAAGGCAGAGCAGCUCCUCAGAAACGAGGAUAAAGAAGGUGGUUUUGUGGUGAGAGACUCAAGUCAGCCUGGGCUGUAUACGGUUUCCCUCUAUACAAAAUUUGGAGGGGAAGGUUCCUCGGGAAUAAGGCACUACCACAUCAAAGAAACGGUGACCUCACCAAAGCAGUACUACCUGGCAGAGAAGCAUCUCUUCGACUCCAUCCCAGAGAUAAUAGAGUACCACAAGCACAACGCCGCAGGUCUCGUUACCAGGCUGCGUUACCCAGUGACCCCUAAAAGGACAACAGCACCAACAACAGCAGGAUUCAGCUAUGAGAAGUGGGAGAUCAACCCCUCCGAGCUGACCUUCAUGCGGGAGCUGGGCAGUGGUCUCUUCGGCGUGGUGCGGCUGGGCAAGUGGAGGGCGCAGUACAAAGUGGCCAUCAAGGCCAUCCGCGAGGGGGCCAUGUACGAGGAGGAUUUCAUUGAGGAAGCUAAAGUCAUGAUGAAGCUGACCCAUCCCAAACUUGUCCAGCUGUACGGUGUGUGCACACAGCAGAGACCCAUUUACAUCGUGACGGAGUUCAUGGAGCAUGGCUGCCUCCUCAACUACCUGAGACAGAAGCGGGGAGUGUUCAGCAAAGAUGUCCUGCUGACCAUGUGCCAAGAUGUGUGUGAGGGCAUGGAGUACCUGGAGAGGAACAGCUUCAUCCACAGAGACCUGGCUGCCAGGAACUGCUUGGUGAGCGACUCGGGAGUGGUCAAAGUGUCGGAUUUUGGAAUGACAAGGUAUGUCCUUGAUGAUCAGUACACAAGCUCAUCAGGGGCGAAGUUUCCUGUGAAGUGGUGCCCCCCAGAAGUUUUUAACUACAGCAGAUUCAGCAGCAAGUCAGAUGUCUGGUCAUUUGGUGUUUUAAUGUGGGAAGUGUUUACAGAAGGCAAAAUGCCCUUUGAGAAGAGCUCCAACUACGAAGUGGUAAUGAUGGUUAGCCAAGGACAUCGUCUGUAUCGGCCCAAGCUAGCCUGUAAGCAGGUGUAUGAGAUGAUGAUGAUGUGCUGGCAGGAGAAGCCUGAGGGACGCCCAACUUUUGAAGACCUGCUUCACACAAUCAUUGACAUUGCAGAGGGGGAAGAUGCUUUCUGAAACACAAAGCAGAACAGGACAGCAGUGGCACAAGGCUGGGAGAGAAGCCACUUUUCCAGAGCUCUGUGGCUUGACCAUUUCUUUUUAAAAGCUUGAGUGUCUAAGCUGCUGGAUGCUGCUAAACAGCCUGGAGAGCCUGUCGCAGCUGCUGCACCCCACGAGGAGUUUCACAGGAUGCUGGGAAGUAAUGCAGGCUGUCCUCAGCCAUCCUGCCAGUCUCUGUGUCCUCUGGGAAGUCAGCACUCUGUGUCCUCUGGGAAGUCAGCACUCUGUGUCCUCUGGGAAGUCAGCAUGGCAUAGCUGCCAAGUUGAACUCUUCAUGGAGGAAGAGGGAGAACAUGACCAAAGCCUGGGAGCCUAAUUUGCAUGUAUUGGGUUGGGCUCAUAGAAAUCAGAGAAUCAAGAAGGUUGGAAGAGAGCUCCAAGCUCAGCCAGCCCAACCUAGCACCCAGCCCUGCCCAACCAA